UUUAAAAAAAAUGAUCACUGAAAAAACACAAGAUGAUCGCUCAUCUAUCUUUUCUAACAAAGAGGAAACAAAGAUAGAGCAUCUUACUGAAGCUGAUGAUAGAAUAUCAGCAAGCUCAUUGGAAAGCCAACAGCCUAAGCUAAAGCGAUCCCUCAAGGCUCGUCACUUAGCUGUAAGUUAAUGUAUAUACUAAUAUGAUGUAUCUAACACACAUUUAUAUUCCAAUAGAUGAUUUCGAUAGGUGGUGUCAUAGGUCAAGGCCUAUUCCUCUCUUCUGGUGCAAAUCUGAACGCAGCUGGUCCUGCAGGUGCUCUCAUUGCCUACGGCAUCAUUGGCUUCAUCGUAUAUUGGGUUACUUACUCUCUAGGUGAAAUGGCUACUUAUAUCCCUGUCUCCGGUUCUUUUACUAUCUUCUGCCGUCGAUUUGUUGACAGCUCAUUUGGUGCUACUAUUGGUUAUAACUAUUGGGCUUGCUGGGCCAUCAUUGUGGCAAGUGAACUGACAGCCAUUCCACUUAUUAUGAGCUUCUGGACCGACAAAGUUCCAUCUUGGGCAUGGUCCGGCAUAUGGCUGAUCAUUAUCUUCGUUUUGAAUAUGUUUGGUGCUCGUAGCUACGCCGAAGCUGAAUAUAUUUUCAGUGUGAUAAAAAUUCUAGCCGUCCUUAUCUUCAUUAUCGUCGGAUGUGUUACCUCUGGUGGUUUAAUAGGAAAUACAUCGCCUCAUGAAGUUUAUGGUUUCAAAUAUUGGAAAGACCCUGGAGCUUUUUCAAACGGUGCUCUUGGUGUUGUAAAUGCAUUUGUAUUGGCUUCAUUCAGUAUGCAAGGUACAGAAAUUGUUGGCAUCACUGCUGGUGAAUGCGAAAAUCCUGUGAAGCAAGUACCUCGCGCAAUUAAAAAUGUAUUCUGGCGUAUUCUUAUUUUCUAUUUGGGGUCAGUCUUUGUCAUGGGUAUGCUCAUCCGGUAUGACGACCCUCGUAAUCUUAGUGAGUCAAGUAGUGUUACCGUCUCUCCCUUUACAAUCGUCUUUGAAUUGGCUGGUUUAAACAGCGUGGCUCAUGUCAUGAACGCUGUUAUCUUGAUAACAGUCUUAUCUUGUGCCAACAGUGGAAUGUAUGUCAGCUCUCGUAUGCUCUGUGCACUGGCAAAUGAAGGUAUUGCCCAUAAGAAGCUUGCACACAUCUCUAGUCGUGGUGUUCCCAUAUACUCUCUUAUCUGUACUGCUCUUGUAUGUCUUGUGACCUUUGCUACUUCAUUUAUCCCAGGAAAGGCCCUCUUCAUUGUCCUCACAUCACUCUCUGGUGUUGCGGGUUUCGUCACUUGGGGAGGUAUUUGCUUUGCCCACUAUCGAUUCCGUAAAGCUCUCAAAGUCCAAAACCGCAGCAUAUCUGAACUACCUAUCAGAACGCCUUUUCACCCAUUUGGUGAUAUCUUCGGUAUGAUCGCCUGUGUAGUGAUCUCUCUUAUGGCCGGAUACUCUUAUUUUGUUCCUCCAAGCGCUACUGGAUUAAUAGGUAACUAUGCUGGUCUUAUCCUCUGUGCUAUUGGAUAUAUUGUUACCAAGCUCUGGACCAAGUCUAAGAUGGUCCCGUUAGACAAGAUUGAUUUAGAUACUGGUAAAGCUGAUAUCAUGUUUACGGAAGAAGAUAGAGAUGAAAUCACGGGACCAUGGUAUACUCGUGCUUGGAAGCGCUUUGUUAAUAUUUUCACCUAAGAAAUGUAUUUAUAAUUAUGUACUUAUACCUUAUUUUUUAAUAAAUAAAAAAUAUUCGUUAUUUUCUCUAUGGUUAUGCAGCUAUUCUGUAUCACACGAUGCAUUAUGCAAACAUUCAAACGGAGAUCAUUUAUUACU